GGUACCUGGCCGUUCGAGUGGUGGUCAUGUAAGGACCAAACUUACCACACUUAUCAACUUCCUUUCGCUUCCGCCCUGGGAGCUUCUUCGCCAAUUCGCCAUGGCCACUCUGAGCUUCAACCCCACCAGAAUUCCUCGAACCCCCAAAACGAAAACAGCCUCUUUUCGGAAACCAACUUCCAGAGUGUCCUUCUCCAUCCAGCCAAAUGCCUCAAGCGGCCGAAAACUUGCCCACGGGUUCCCCAAGCUCCGGGUUUCGACGCAGGAGGAAGCAGGGGUGGAGGAGUACGAGGAAGACGACCCGACCGCGGAGAUGAGCUACCUGGACCCGGAAACCGACCCGGAUAGCAUCUUGGAGUGGGAGCUGGAUUUCUGUUCAAGGCCGAUGCUGGACAUCCGAGGGAAGAAAGUGUGGGAGCUGGUUGUGUGUGACGAGUCCUUGGCGCUGCAGUUCACCAAGUACUUCCCCAAUAAUGCGAUCAACAGCAUCACCCUGAGAGACGCUCUUGGUUCCAUCUCUGAGGAUCUGGGUGUCCCUUUGCCCCAGAAGAUACGCUUCUUCAGGUCGCAGAUGCAGACUAUCAUAACCAAGGCGUGCCGAGAGCUGGGGAUAAAGCCUAUUCCGAGCAAACGGUGUCUAUCACUACAGCUGUGGCUGGGAGAACGAUACGAGACGGUAUACAAACGCCACCCUGGGUUUCAGAAGGGAUCCAAACCCCUCCUUGCAUUAGACAAUCCAUUCCCAAUAGACCUCCCAGAGAAUCUCUACGGAGAUAAGUGGGCUUUCGUCCAGUUACCAUUUUCAGCUAUCCGAGAAGAAAUCGCAUCAAUGGAUACAAGAUUUAUGUUCGGUUCGAGUCUAGAUCUGGAUCUCCUUGGCAUUGCAGUGGAUGACGAAACACUAAUUCCAGGGCUGUCUGUUGCUUCAUCACGAGCCAAACCAUUGGCAGCUUGGAUGAAUGGACUGGAAGUUUGCGCAGUCGAAUCGGACACAAGCAAAGGCUGCUUGAUCCUCUCUGUUGGAGUCUCCACUCGCUACAUCUACGCCACCUACAACAAAAGUCCUGUGACAACAGCUGAAGCUGAAUCGUGGGAGGCUGCAAAAAAGACAUGCGGAGGUCUCCAUUUCCUUGCUGUACAAGAAGACUUGGAUUCAGAUGACUGUGUCGGAUUCUGGCUGUUGUUAGACUUGCCACCACCACCUGUCUGAUUUUGCAGCCUUCAGAUCCUGACUUCUGUUUCUCAAAAUGCCACAAUCUCAACAUUUUUGGAAACAAAAAAAAUGAAAUGCAGAGUCUGAUUUUGAUGCUG